AUGCCGUUUGCACCAUUUGUUAGUGUAAAUCACCAUGGGCAGUCAAUUCUGUUAGGAGCAGGCUUGAUUUCGAGUGAAGAUACAGAGACAUUUGUGUGGUUAUUCAAGACAUGGUUGCAAUGCAUGGAUGGUAACGCUCCGAAGGCUAUUAUCACUGAUCAAGAUAGAGCGAUGAAAAAUGCAAUCGCAAUUGUCUUCCCAAAUAGCCGGCAUAGAUUUUGUCUUUGGCAUAUACUGAAGAAAAUUCCUGAGAAGCUUGGCUCUUAUGGUACGUACAAAACUGGGAUGAAGAGUGCAUUGAUGAAAUGUGUAUAUGACUCCCAAUGUGUUGAUGAGUUUGAGAAAUGUUGGGAUCAGUUGCUUACCACUUACAACUUGGGAGAUAAUGCGUGGUUGCAGAGCCUAUACGUUGAGCGUGAGCAUUGGCGAAGCGAGAGCAUGAAUGCAUUCUUUGACGGUUAUGUACAUUCUAGGACAAACUUAAAGGAGUUUGUAGACCAAUUUGAUAAUGCAUUGAAGAAAAAGAUUGAGAAUGAAAAUCUCGCUGACUUCCAAUCAUUUAAUGUGACAAUCCCCUGUAUAUCUAGAUCUCCGAUUGAGAAGAGGUUCCAAGAGUUGUACACGAUAGCUAAGUUCAAAGAAGUUCAACAUCAAGUCAACGGUAUCAUUGACUUGAAUCCAAAGUUACAUAAUUCUGUUGGUGCAAUAAAGACAUAUAUGGUUGAGGAUGAAGUUUGUUUGGAAGAGUUCACUAAGUUGGUUAAUCAUUCUGUGGACUUUAGUGAGGAAGACGCAGUCGCAAAGUGCUCAUGUGGCUUAUUUGAGAUGAGGGGGAUAUUGUGUCGUCACAUUUUGGCCGUAUUCAGGUAUAAUGAUAUUAAAUUUUUGCCUGAAAUUUAUAUUUUAGAUCGAUGGAGGAAGGAUAUUAGAAGGCGAUACACAUUAAUCCACAGUAGCUAUGAUGCAGGGGAACAACACGCAGAUUCGAAUAGAUAUACCAGUCUCUUAAAUAUCUGUUAUCAGAUGAUUACUUAUGCAUUGGGUACGAGAGAGGAUACUGAGGAUGCGAGAAAUAAGUUAAAUGCAAUGAUUGAGUUGUAUCGUGCUAAUCAAGAAGGCCCAUCGAUGACUCAAAUUGGUUCCAAUGUUGAUUGUACGGCGAAUGACACUAUAGUCGGUGCUUCUGGGGAAGUACGUAGUCCACGUGUUGUACGAGGCAAAGGCAGACCUCCAUCUUUAAGGAGAGCAUCCAGGAUGGAGAUAGACAUGCGGAAAGCUAAAGCAAAGACGAAGAAAGCACCAGCAAAGGGGAAGCGUAAAGAGCGGGAUGGAGGAGAUACCCAGGUCGUGGAUAAAGGAGAUACACCUGUGACGGAAGUAUACAGAAAUUUAUUUGGCCCUUCUGAGAUAACUGUCUCUAAUGUUGGACACAUGCAGGCUAUUCCUGAAAGAGAAAGCGUAGCUAUCGACAUUACUAGAGCCCAGUCUCGAGAAAUAGCUAUUCAGAGUCAAGAAAGCUGCACUUGGAUGGAGUGCACUUUGUUGGUAGCGGCAUUUACUGAUGGAGUGCACUUUGUUGAAGUUCCUGAUUAG